ACUCCACGUUUUUAAUCUGCGUCCUGGUUGCUUACCUUAUUGAUUUUUGCAUUGAAAAAAUGGCUUGGUCUUUUCUCCUCCCACGCUUAAAUUGAUUGCCAAUUUCUGCUAUUUGUUUCAUCUUUUGUUAUACAUACUGGUUCUCCUUGAUUUGUUCGUCUUCCAAUAUGUUUUGUUCUGGUUGUGCUGGAAGCCGUACUGCCAUCGCUUGCCUGUUUCUUGCGGUUAUUUCUGCAGAAACUAGAUUUUGCUUCUCAUCUAAGGUUUAUGUAGUUUACAUGGGAAGCAAAACUAGCGAAGAUCCUGAUCAUAUUCUGAAGCAACACCAUCAAAUGCUCACUUCUGUUCACAGAGGGAGUGUUGAGGAGGCACAAGCUUCCCAUGUUUACAGCUACAGACACGGCUUCAGAGGCUUCGCAGCCAAGUUGACGGAUGAUCAAGCUUCCCAAAUUUCUGAUAUGCCCGGAGUAGUCUCUGUUUUCCCCAAUUCUAAGAGAAUUCUGCACACAACUCAUUCGUGGGAUUUUAUGGGACUUCCAGACGACGAAAACAUGAAGAUUUUUGGGCACUACACCAGAAACCAAGCAAAUGUAAUAGUUGGCUUCAUUGAUACGGGAAUUUGGCCAGAAUCCCCAAGUUUUAAAGACCUAGACAUGCCUCCAGUGCCAUCCAAGUGGAAGGGACAUUGUCAACCAGGAGAAGCUUUCAACGCUUCAUCUUGCAACAGGAAAGUGAUUGGAGCUAGAUACUAUGCAAGUGGAUUUGAAGCAGAGGAAGAUUUAGAGAACAAAUUUUCUUACAAAUCUCCCAGGGAUAGCUCUGGCCAUGGCAGUCACACUGCCUCAAUAGCCGUAGGACGCCACAUGGCAAACAUGAAUUACAAGGGAUUUGGAGCUGGAAAUGCUAGGGGAGGAGCACCAAAGGCUAGGAUUGCUGUGUACAAAACUUGCUGGGACUCAGGUUGCUAUGACGCAGACUUGUUAGCUGCCUUUGAUGAUGCCAUCCGAGAUGGGGUUCACAUUCUGUCUAUCUCUCUCGGUCCUGAAGCUCCCCAAGGAAACUAUUUCAGGGAUGCCAUAUCUGUGGGGUCAUUCCAUGCCGCUAGUCAUGGAGUGCUUGUGGUCGCAUCAGCUGGGAAUAGUGGAAAUCCUGGUUCUGCUACAAAUCUUGCACCAUGGAUGAUCACUGUUGCUGCUAGCUCAACAGACAGGGAUUUCACAUCCGAUAUUAGAUUAGGAAAUGGGGUUAACAUCAAGGGUGAGAGUCUAAGUCUCUUGGAAAUGAAAGCCAACACAAGGAUACUUCCCGCAUCUGAAGCCUUCGCAGGAUAUUUCACCCCUUAUCAAUCCAGUUAUUGUUUGGACAGUUCCCUCAAUGCGUCCAAGGCAAAAGGGACUGUUCUGGUGUGUCGCCAGGCAGACAGUUCAACAAAGUCAAAACUAGUGAAGAGUAAAGUGGUGAAAGAGGCCGGAGGAGUGGGAAUGAUACUUAUUGAUGAAUUAGAUCUAGAUGUUGCCAUCCCAUUUAUAAUUCCUUCAGCCAUCGUAAGAAGGGAAACGGGAGAAAGGAUUCUGUCUUAUGUUAAUAACACACGUAAGCCUACGUCAAGAAUUUUCAGAGCAAAGACACUGUUUGGAACUCAGCCUGCACCCCUUAUGGCGACAUUUUCUUCUAAAGGUCCCAGCUCUUUAACCCCAGCAAUUUUGAAGCCUGAUGUCACAGCUCCGGGAUUGAACAUCCUUGCAGCAUGGUCACCAGCUAAAAGAAGCAUAAUGUAUAACAUUCUCUCAGGAACCUCUAUGUCUUGUCCUCAUGUAACUGGAAUUGCAGCCUUAGUUAAAGCUGUUCAUCCUUCGUGGUCACCAUCUGCUAUCAAAUCAGCCAUCAUGACAACCGCUACAACUCUGGAUAAACAACACAAACCCAUCAGAGCAGAUGCUGGACGAAGAAAGGCUAAUUCAUUUGAUUAUGGAUCGGGAUUUGUGAACCCUGCAAGAGUUUUUGAUCCUGGCCUCAUCUAUGAUAUAAAGCCAGAAGACUACAUAGAGUUCCUUUGUUCACUGAAGUAUGGUGCCAAGUCACUCCGGCUUGUUACUAGAGACAACAGUACAUGUCAUAGCCAUAGAAGACGCAAAGCUGCCUCUGACCUCAACUAUCCAUCUAUUACAGUGCCCAACCUCAAAGACAACAUUUCAAUAUCUCGAACUGUGACUAAUGUUGGAGAGGCAAGAAGUAUAUAUAAGGCUGAAGUGUCUCCUCCUGCUGGAGUUAAAGUCACUGUUGUGCCAAACCAACUUAACUUCAGAAGAGUUGGGCAGAGCAUCAAGUUCACUGUCAAUUUUAAAGUGGUUUCUCCCUCAAAGGGCUAUUCAUUUGGCUUCUUGUCAUGGAAGAACAGAAGAUCACAGGUCACCAGUCCUCUGGUUGUCCGGGCUGCACGAGCGAUAACAAGUUAACAAUGCUUUGCUUAUAAAUAACAACAGUGCUUGUAAAUAUUUUGCAUUAGCUUAGAAUCUUUGUGGAUAGUGAUCCAUAUAGGCAUUAGAGCAAG